AUGCCUCUGUUCAGCUGGAUGAAAUGGUCGCAUGAGACGAGAGAGCAGGCUCAGGAUACGACACCAUCUCUGAAAAGCUCGGGGGUUGUACCCAGCCGCAUGCUGAUCACAGAGCUCCUGUGGCAUGUGGAAGAACGCGAGCGGCUGGCGAGAGAACUGGAGCGUGAGCACAGGCUAGCCCACAGUGCCCUGGGUCUCCACUGGUUUCAGAAGUACCCCAGGUUACGGACCCUCAUCCCCUCAUCGGAGCUACACCAGCUGGAGUUCCUGUGUGCUCAGAUCCCACCCAUCCACGCAGCCACCGUCCUCUCCAGGUUUCGUGAGGUGCUUGCGACUAACAACAUAAGACCCUGGGAGCUGGCGUCUGUCUUCAAGCAGGUACUGAGGGACUUCCUGAACCAGAAGGAAUACGGUGAAGAGCACGACGUCUCAGUGCAGCCGGCACAGUUCCGACCAAUGGAAGCUUGGACCAGCCGUUACAAAAUGAAGCAGGGCUUUGUCACGCCGACGGUCCCCAACUGUGGAGACCACCCGAGGGAAGAGAUCCCGACAGUCUCUGCCUACGUGGAUCGGGCCAUGCGACAUUCCAGCUCAUUCACAGCCACCAGAGACUGGGACCUUCCAUAUUACUAUCCAACGCCUCUCAGGCCCAAAGCGGCGUACAGCACUACACUGUGAGCGAACACA